AUGCCUUCAUUAUCGGCCCCGCUUGAGGACGACGAUCGAAAACGUCGGAAGCAUACGAAGUCUCGCCGUGGAUGCCGGAACUGCAAGCUGCGCCGUGUCAAGUGUGACGAAUCCAAACCACACUGCAUGAAAUGCGUGAAAUAUGGGGUAGCAUGUAAUUAUACUCUACCUACGGGCUCUGACCUUCAGUUGGCCAAGGAGCAUAAGCUCGAAAGCUCUCCUGGUCAAAUAUCCUUCGGCGUUCAACCGUUGAAACAUUCUUUACAAUCCUUUGCAGUUGUGGGGGCUGGACCCGACUCAUUCGUAUUAGAAGUUGACGGAUUGGCACGUCUGAGUCGAUUCCAAAACCAUACAGUAUACACAUUUGCUACGCUCCGUUCAACCGAGCUCUAUAAAAAUGAAGUCGUCAGAAUGGCCAUGGAGGUAAGUCACCUGAUUCAUAGUUGCAGAAAUAUAGACACGAUAUUAAUAAUACUGAAAAUUCCGAAGCAUCCAUUCUUGAUGCACGUCAUUCAGGUUAUCACUGCAACACAUGACCGAUUAUUAGCUAGCCCAAAGAACGCAAAGCGAUCUUUGAUUGAGGCCUAUCACUGGUCGCGAGGAGCUGCGUUACUGAAUAAAAAGAUUGCAUCUCCAAUACGACCCCAGGAUCGCGACGCUCUCUGGGCUUCUGCCGCUAUGCUGGGCAUUGCCAACGUUACUUCUCUUGAGGCAUCUACACCGACAGAAGCAUGGCCAAUGAAGCUAUAUGAUUCGUCCGAUCUGACAUGGCUUCAUUUGACUCGGGGUAAAAUGGCUCUCUGGGAAGCCACGGAUCCUUUACGACCCGAUAGCAUCUUUCAUUUCAUGAAAGACGAAUACGUUACAAUAUCAACCGAACCUUCUCUCUUAGAGGCCCAAACCAUGCUACCCGAAUUCGUUGGGCUUUGUCGUCUAGAUGAGCCACUGGCUUGCGACCGCAAUCCCUACUAUUCAGCUGUCUCCAUUCUGUCACAAGUGCUACCAAUUAAGUGUACACGGGCAACCAUGAAGAAUUAUCUUCUAUUCCUCAACUUCAUGAAAGUCCCCUUUAGAGAUUUGUUGCAUCAAAAAGAUCCACGCGCCCUCCUUGUAAUGGCCUACUGGUAUGGGGCUAUGUGGAACUCCUUAUGGUGGAUCGAGAGACGUGCUCGGUUGGAAUGUCAGGCAAUUUGCUUGUAUCUUGAAAGAUGCCAUGGAAAUGAGCGAAAUAUCCAGAAGAUGCUUUUGCUACCUCGGAUACAAUGUGGACUCGCAUGA